CUCACUUUCAGCCACCAUGAAAGUUGUCAUCAAAAACUGGCACGCCGUCGCACAGUGGCGCUGGGACAUCGGCAAUGAUGACAGCGAGGACGACGUCUGCGGUAUCUGCCGUGUUCCCUACGAAGGAUGUUGCCCCGCAUGCAAAAUGCCCGGCGACGACUGUCCAUUGAUAUGGGGAGAAUGCAGUCAUGUCUUUCACAUGCAUUGCUUGCUUAAAUGGAUCGGAACUGCGUCGUCGAAACAGCAGUGCCCGAUGGACCGACGUCCUUGGGUGACGGCGGAGCGCAAGAUAGGAAACAAAUGAAUCCACAUGAGCGCCUCGCCUCUUUGUCCUUCUCCUUCACGACCGCUAUACCACUGUAUCAUAGACAACUUGUUGCAAUGCUACCGCGUUGCUUGCUUUUCGCUUC